GACCACACAAUGAUGUGUGGUUUCAUAGGCCAUCUCUGGCCUAUGAAUAGCUCCGCCCCUGCCUAUAACUGUAGAUUUAUGAGUUGUGCUGGCGUGGUUCACUGCAAAUGUCCCAAAUUGCAAUAUAUGUUCUUGCUCACCACUGGUAGCAAGCAGUCGUCAAACCAUUUAAACCUGAAACUAUAGCCCGAUCCAAAUUAACAAAAUAAACCCCAAAUCGGAGAUGGGAUUUGAUCGUGAGCAUAUUGUGAUGCUUCCCAUGAUAGCUAAGGGUCAUCUCAUACCAUUCUUGGCACUAGCAAAGCAAAUGCAACAAAAAACAGGGCUCACCAUCACCAUUGCCACAACCCCACUCAACAUUCAAUACCUGCAAGCUACCAUUUCCUCAACUUCAUCAUCAUCAAACACCCAAUCACACUCCAACAAUUUUGACAUCAACUUGGCUGAGCUUCCAUUCUGCAGCUCAGACUUUGGCUUGCCCCCAGACACUGAGAACACAGAGAAUUUGACUCUGAAACAAAUUGGAGAUCUUUGUGCUGCAACAGUGAAUCUUGAAGCUCCUGCUCGCCGCCUGAUAUUGGAUAUCAUCGAAAAAGAAGGCCGGCCGCCACUUUGUAUUAUCUCUGACAUGUUCUUUGGGUGGGCUACUAAUCUUGCAAAGAGCUCAGGCACUGUGAAUGUGACUUUCACAACAUCCGGUGCUUAUGGCAGUGCAGCCUUCAUGUCCAUUUGGCUUAACCUCCCACACCGAUUCACAGCUUUAUGCGAUGGCUACUUCACACUGCCCGGGUUUCCAGAUCGGUCUCGUUUUCAUAUCUCUCAGCUGCAUCACUAUAUAAGAGCAGCAAAUGGUACAGAUUCUUGGUCAAAAUUUUACCAGUCCCAGUUUUCACUUUCUACCACCGAAUCGUUUGGUUGGUUGUGUAACACAGCUGAGGAAAUUGAGCCACUUGGAUUGGAGAUUUUGAGGCAUUACUUUAGGCUUCCUGUUUGGUCCAUUGGACCUCUUAUUCCCAAAGAUUCUCUAAAGAACUCAUCCACUUCGGAUUCAAGAGUUUCAAGGCAACCUGCUGAAAAAUGCAUGGAGUGGCUGGACUCACAUGGUUCAGAUUCUGUUGUUUAUAUUUCCUUUGGUUCUCAGAACACAAUCAGUGAAACACAGAUGAUAGAAUUGGCUAUUGGGUUAGAAGAAAGUGGAAGGGCUUUUAUUUGGGUCAUUAGGCCUCCAGUUGGGUAUGAUAUGAAGGGAGAAUUCAGAGCUGCAUGGUUGCCUCGAGGGUUCGAAGAUCGAAUGUGUAAAAGCAAGAAAGGCUUGUUGGUGCACAACUGGGCACCACAGUUGGAGAUUUUGUCACACAAAUCCACAGGGGCAUUUGUAAGUCAUUGUGGGUGGAAUUCAGUGCUGGAGAGCCUAAGCCAGGGAGUUCCGAUUAUAGGGUGGCCCUUGGCAGCCGAGCAGGCGUUUAACUCAAAGAUGCUGGUGGAGGAGAUGGGUGUGAGUGUGGAGCUGACAAGGGGAGUGCAGAGUGUUAUUGUUGGAAAGGAGGUGAAGAGAUUGAUAGAUUUGGUAAUGGACAAAAGUGGCGAAGGAGGAGAAAUGAGGAAAAAAGCUGGUGAAAUUAAGGCGCAGAUAAGAGCAGCAAUGAGAGAGGAGGUUGAAUUCAAGGGAUCUUCUGCUAAGGCAAUGGAUGAUUUUCUUGAAACCAUUCUAUCAGCAAGACAAGAACAUAAAUCUAUUAUUGGUUGAAGAUGAACAACCCAUCAAUUUUCAUAUGCAGCCCACGCGAAAGGAAAAGAAAGCGGGCCUUGCGCCGCAGACUAAUGUGUACCACACUCUAGGGGCAGAGCCAAAUUGGGACCAGUGUGGUCCCGGGUCCCCACUCAAGUUUUUUUAUAUUUUAAAAAUAAUAUACUGUUAUGUAUUUUUAUAUGUAUGUUAUUUUAAAUACUUUACGUUUUGAUAUGUACUCAUAUGUGUUGUAGCAGACCUAUUAAAGCACAAGGAGGUGCUUCAAAUUGCCCAUUUGCUCACCUGGUAGUGGUGCACUCCAGGUGUAGAGAUUAUCUUAUUUCUAUUUUCAGCAUUUAAGUAAAUGUCU